CAGUGAGCGAGUGAGUGAGUGUGAAAGCCCGGGCAGGAAAAAUUGGAAAACUUCCCCCCUUCCGUUCCCCCAGGUCAGAGGAUAAACUUCAACCCUUCAACUCAACCCGACGACGACGAGACGAAGAUUCUAUCCACGUGUUAGCCACAUCGCCGACACUCUCUGCGAAUAUAUUACAAACCGCUCGUCUCUGUGAAGAGCUGCUUUGCUUGUUACUUGAUCCGCCAUUUUCUUUUGGCCCCAGACGACGACUGACGAACCACCGUGUUCCGUCCCUCAACUCCAAAUUCCCUGAUCGCGCCCACUUUGGCUGCCCCAACAGACCAGACGACGAUAAUAUAAAUAAAUACAAAAAAGGCGAAGAGAACAUCGUUUCUCAUAUCUCAAAGGAAAAGCAUCAAAGCCGACGAUACAGAGGCCCUUUGCUGCACUCUGCUUAUACAUCCUACAAAGGCGACGAAGCGUCACAUAUUUGUCGACGCAAUAUCUACUCUUGCUUGACCAGAAGAAAAGGACCGCGAAAACUCGCAGGCGCUGACGGUGUUCUGUCUUCCCCCUUCUGGCUUCUAGCAUCUUGCUCGCCCCUCAUUUUCUGACGCCCUGUACCUACCUGUCUCUUUCUGGUACAGCUAUCAACACCCAAAGUCGGUGGCCCACUGCGGCAACCACGACGACGACUGUUUUCUCCCCAUAUUCAACGUGAUCCGAUUGCUUCUUUUUUGCAAUUCAAUAUCGAACGGCGACACAAUUUGCUAUUGCUGAUCAACUUGCUCUUCUGCGCCUUCGAUCUCUCGAGACGCAAAAUCCUCCAAUCGCUCGCUCUAUUAGGGACGUGAUCCCUUCACGGGUAAGUUACCAUUUGGCGUUGGUACUGGCGUGCGCCCCAUUCAAUUCAUUGCUCGCCCGCGCCGCGCCGUCUCGUCUCCCCUCUUGUUCCCCUCCCGUACCCAUUUCGCGCUCACAGCCCUCUCUUCAUGCUUGUUAGGCUGCUUCCCCUCCAAUUUUUCUAGACUCCUCUCGUUUCGUUGUUCCACCAUCGCAACGCAACGCAACUCACCCGCAAAGCAAAGCAACGCAUCCUAACCCAACCUUGUCUUUUGCCCAUAUUUAUCCAUCCAUUCAUUGUCAAAUUUUCACCCUCUUGUCGGUCGCGGCGUUUGCAAGUUUGUUCGAAGGACACAUUUUUCUUCGACUUGUCUCUUUUCCCACGUAUCUCUUUUUUUAUUGCCUUGUAUCUUGUUGCUUCCCGGUUCACCGGCUGACUCGGCCAGGUUUUUGUGAAGUUUAUUAUCUGGUAUCAUAUUUCAGUCGACAAAGUUGCCCCAGCAGUUGUUCUAAUUAGCGAUCUUGUCUGCCGCCCUCCUCCCCCACGCGACCCUCCCUUAACUCUACUGCGGGCAUCCUCUCGCCAGCAAAUUCUCUCAAAAUGGCAGACCAACACGAGGUCGAUCUCGACUCUAUAAUCGACAGGCUACUCGAGGUACGAGGCAGCCGACCCGGCAAGCAAGUUCAGCUUCUCGAGGCUGAGAUCCGUUAUCUCUGCACCAAGGCUCGUGAGAUCUUCAUCUCUCAGCCCAUCCUUCUCGAACUCGAGGCUCCAAUUAAGAUCUGCGGUGAUAUCCACGGACAGUACUACGAUCUUCUCCGACUCUUUGAGUACGGUGGCUUCCCUCCCGAGGCCAACUACCUCUUCCUCGGUGACUACGUCGACCGAGGCAAGCAGUCUCUUGAGACCAUUUGCUUGCUCCUUGCCUACAAGAUCAAGUACCCCGAAAACUUCUUCAUCCUCCGAGGUAACCACGAGUGCGCCUCUAUCAACCGAAUCUAUGGCUUUUACGACGAGUGCAAGCGUCGCUACAACAUCAAGCUUUGGAAGACGUUCACCGAUUGCUUCAACUGCCUUCCUAUCGCCGCUAUCAUCGACGAGAAGAUUUUCACCAUGCACGGUGGCCUCAGCCCUGACCUCAACUCUAUGGAGCAAAUUCGCCGUGUCAUGCGACCUACUGAUAUCCCUGACUGCGGUCUUCUUUGCGAUCUCUUGUGGUCUGAUCCAGAUAAGGAUAUUACUGGCUGGAGCGAAAACGACCGAGGUGUCUCGUUCACAUUUGGUCCCGAUGUUGUCUCGCGCUUCCUGCAGAAACAUGAUAUGGACCUGAUCUGCCGAGCUCAUCAGGUUGUUGAGGACGGCUAUGAAUUCUUUUCCAAGCGCCAGCUGGUCACGCUAUUCAGUGCGCCCAACUACUGUGGUGAAUUUGACAAUGCCGGUGCGAUGAUGAGUGUCGACGAGAGCUUGCUGUGUUCUUUCCAGAUCUUGAAACCCGCUGAAAAGAAGCAAAAGUUCGGCCGACGUUAAACAAUCAUCCCACCUCCUCGACUAAGGUGAAUGACAACCGCGACGAAGAACGAACGACUCGACUCGGGACUUGUCUCGAUCGAAGUGCACUCCCAAUCUCCGCUGUCUCGCAGCUAGCCUUGCCACCGUUGGUGGCAGGGUAUGUUGGUCCACUGGGAGGGUGACGGAACUUAAGAGGCGCCGGACGCGACGCUGACUUUUGCGAAACCCGAAUCGUCUCUAAUGCCUAUAUGCGAACUUGAUAACGACAAACGGCUGUUUCUUAGCUCCACACACAGAUAAAACAUUGACAAAACUGUUUUUUUGAGUUGCACAAGCGCAUAUACAGUUCUCGGAUUCCAUGCACACAUGAUCCACGGGACAGACGAUCUUGCCAUAUCUGCUCUGCGUAGGCUGGCCCGUGGACAUACGCAGUUCGAGAGGCUGGUAUUCUCUCACUUGAUUUCUUGUGAUGACAAGGAUAAGAUACUCCAUCCAUUGCUAAUCUGUCUGGCUGGGAGCGUUUUCUUUUGCGGCCAUGUUGCAUUUCGUGGACGAGCUUUGUGUGGCCUUAUUCGUUGCUCAAGAGCGACCCCUGUAUACGUUUUGUGCUUUUAGAUGGGUUUAGGGAGAGUGGGCAGGAGGGCAAAGCGUUGCUUGAUUUUGGUAAGGGAUAGCGAAGGUAGUGCAAGAGGAGAGGAAAUAAGUUGCUAGAGCGAAAAGUAACAGCUGCACGAAUUGUGACGAGGAUGGUGUCGUAGUAUCUGGUUAAUAGUAGUCAUAACUCGACCUACGCCGAAGGUGAGGAUGAGUACGGAGUGGCUGUUAUGAAAUCACAAAAAUACUCAUCUCCUCAGACAACCACCACAUAGGCGUAUAAGUCUAACUAUGCCUAUUCAUAUCUAUAUGAGGGAAGAUUCUCCUUGGACAGCAAGCGGGGC